CACUGUUUCAGCCUUCAUACUGUACGCAAAGCAUGUUUUUCACGGAAAUAACACUCUCAGAGUCUUACAAUCAGUCAGACCAGAACAAUGAAUGACCGAGAACUUGAUCUCACUGAAGAACAAAAAGCACUCAAAGCUAAAUAUCCUCCAAUCACCAAGAAAUAUGAGUAUCUCGACCACACUGCAGACGUCCAGAUUCAUUCAUGGGGUAAUUCUCUAGAGGAGGCCUUUGAGCAGUGUGCGAUGGGAAUGUUUGGCUACAUGACGGAUACAGAAACUGUGGAGCCCAUCGAUACUCUAGAAGUGGAGUCAGAAGGAGAUGAUAUGGAGUCACUCCUUUACCACUUUCUGGAUGACUGGCUCUUCAAAUUCAGCGCUGAUAUCUUCUUCAUCCCACGGGAGGUGAAGGUUUUACACAUUGACAGAAUGCGCUACAAAAUCCGCUCAAUAGGUUGGGGUGAAGAAUUCAGCAUAAAUAAGCACCCACAGGGUACAGAAGUCAAAGCCAUCACCUAUUCUGCAAUGCAAAUUCAUGAGACACAACAGCCAGAGAUCUUCGUUAUCAUCGACAUUUGAACAAACAUUAAUAAAAAAAUGAAUGAAAUACCUCGUAAACUAACAUCGCAAGUUUCUACCUUCUAGAAAUGCACAUUUUUAGGAAACGAGUUAUACAACAUUAUUAUUCAAAAGCUUUUAUUUUCUGAUCUAGAAACUCAUCUAUACAAAAAGAAAUACUGUUGAUGCAGAAUAACGAUUGAUUUAUAUCAGCUUUGGUCUUGAUUUUUGCAAUUUAAAUUAUGAUUUAUUAAUUGUGUUGAUUAAAAAAAUGCUAUGAAACAUGACAGAAAAUGAAAGCAUUUCAAUAGACUUUUAACUGCUUUUAUUUCUGAUCUAGAAACUCAUCUAUGCAGAAAGAAAUACUGCUGAUGCAGGAUAAUGAUUGAUUUAUAUCAGCUUUGGUCCUGAUUUUGCAAUAUUAAUUAUUAUUUUUUGAAUAAUUUGUCUUGAUUGAAGUUUUUCGAUCUUUUCUGCUCACUAAGGCUGUAUUUAUUUAAAAAAUGUUUACAUUAUUUUAGCCUUACCAUUAUUUGACAAUACUAUUUAAAAUUAAAUAUUAAAGGUAAAGUUAAAACAGAAUUUCCACCGUCGUAUACAAUCCUUCAUAAAUCAAUGAAUUAAUUAUUAUAACUUUUUACUAUUAUCAAAAUACUAUAAAAAUCAGUUUUGAUGUUAAAUCACUUAUUAUUUUCCUUUUUUCCUUCACUUUUGUCAAUUGGUGAAGUUUGUUCCUCGCCACUGGUUUGCUUGAUUUGAGGCUUGUGGAGCUGCGCAUCGAUGGAUUUGCUGUUCAGUAUUUGGACUUUCAUUAAUAAAAAUUCAACCACGCUAAACUCAACUUCAACACUGAAAACUGGACUGACAGUUUCAAUCAACUAGAACUUCUAUGUUAAGGUGCAUUGACACCAUCUACAUUGUAAAAGCACUAAAGAAAUAAAGAUGAAGUGAAUUGAA